CGGGCGUUCGGGACCGUGGAGCCCCUGCGAGGCGCGAGCGAGCCUGGGGCCAGCAACGAGCGCGGAGCAGCGGGGCGGCCGGGCGGAGCGGGCUCCGAGCCCCGGGCUCCGCGGCUCGGGACACGGCUCCGGCGGCGGCAGCGGCGCGGGCGGCGAUGUUCCACUGCAUUCCCCUGUGGCGGUGCAACCGUCAUGUGGAGGCCAUCGACAAGCGCCACUGCUCGCUGGUCUACGUCCCCGAGGAGAUUUACCGCUAUGCCCGCAGCCUGGAGGAGCUGCUGCUGGACGCCAACCAGCUCCGGGAGCUCCCCGAGCAAUUUUUCCAGCUAGUCAAAUUACGGAAGCUUGGACUCAGUGAUAAUGAAAUUCAGCGGCUUCCUCCAGAAAUAGCAAACUUCAUGCAGCUGGUGGAACUCGAUGUGUCUCGAAAUGAUAUUCCCGAAAUUCCAGAAAGCAUCUCCUUCUGUAAAGCCCUGCAGGUAGCUGACUUCAGUGGAAACCCCCUCACCAGGUUGCCAGAGAGCUUUCCUGAGCUACAGAACCUAACGUGUCUUUCUGUAAAUGACAUCUCACUGCAGACUCUGCCAGAGAAUAUCGGGAAUCUUUAUAACCUGGCUUCACUGGAACUGAGAGAGAAUCUUCUUACGUAUCUUCCUGACUCUCUCACGCAACUAAGGAGACUGGAAGAACUUGAUCUAGGAAACAAUGAAAUCUAUAAUUUGCCAGAAUCAAUUGGGGCGCUCCUACAUCUGAAGGAUCUCUGGUUGGAUGGAAAUCAACUCUCUGAAUUACCUCAGGAAAUAGGGAAUCUGAAGAGCCUGCUCUGCUUAGAUGUCUCUGAAAACAGGUUGGAAAGACUUCCUGAAGAAAUCAGUGGCCUGACCUCGCUAACAGACUUAAUCAUUUCCCAGAACUUACUGGAAACAGUUCCCGAUGGCAUUGGAAAACUAAAGAAACUGUCAAUCUUGAAGCUCGAUCAGAACAGACUCACACAGUUGCCUGAAGCAGUUGGGGAUUGUGAAAACCUCACGGAAUUGGUUCUUACAGAAAACCGUCUCCUGACUUUACCUAAGAGCAUUGGAAAACUUAAGAAGUUGAGCAACUUGAAUGCAGACAGAAAUAAACUGGUGUCUUUACCAAAAGAGAUUGGCGGGUGCUGCAAUCUGACGGUGUUCUGCGUGCGGGACAACAGACUGACUCGAAUACCUGCAGAGGUGUCACAGGCCAUGGAACUUCACGUCCUAGAUGUGGCAGGGAACAGAGCUUCCCCCUGCAGUGAUGCCUGUGGGCACCCAGCAUUCCCUGCUGAUGUUGUCUUUGUCACUGCAGAAAGCCUGCCUCGCUGUGGUGCCCUGGAAAGCCUGGUGAGUGACGUCCCCGAGGAUGCCUGGAAUGACCGCACAGUACACAGAGUUAGUGCAAUCCGGUUUUUGGAAGAUGAGAAGGAUGAAGACGAAAGCGAAACGAGAACUCUGCAGAGGCGAGCCACGCCACACCCAGGGGAGUUAAAGAACAUGAAGAAGACGGCGGAAAAUUUACGGAACGACAUGAAUGCUGCUAAAGGACUGGAUUCCAACAAAAACGAGGUCAACCACGCCACUGACCGAGUGACAACGUCGGUGUAGCAUUCGCCCCGAGUUCUACCUGCUGUGUCUUCCCUGCUGCGCGCCGGAGGAGCCUCCUGCCGUCCUGUGUCCACCAUCCCCGUGCCAGGAUGCCGCUCUCUCGCACCAAGUGCCUUACGCAUCCCUCAGUCACUCAUCGCACCCACUGUUUCUCAAUCCCAGUUGUUCAUAAUAAGUAGAAUACACUACUGUCAACCUCUGACCUUCGUUUUUGUCUUAUGUCGGGGUUAGAGCAGGAAGGGGAAUUACGGCCCUCUUCCCUCCAUUGAGUGCUGGACAUUUUGAACCUAAGUUCUUAUGGACCGACUGAUGAGAGGAAGCUUUAUGUAUGGGAGAAAAAGAUACUUUUUUUUAACCUUUCUUGGCAGCUCAGAUGGUGUAAAUUUUAAAAUUUUGUAUAGGUAUUUCGUAACAAAAAUUAUGUAUUUCUUUGUUAUUUUAUCUUGAAGACGGUACAUAUUUUCAUAUUUGUGGAGAAAAGCAAAUUAGGCCUAAAGUAUUCGUUUCUAUCUGUACCAUCCACUUCGUGCCUUACUGUAUCCUGUCCUGUCACACCAGUUGUAAACAGUGGCAUCCGUGAGCAGCAAGAUGGGGGUAUGAGUGUGGUCGUCUUAAAGCAGUAUUGCAGUUUGAGUAGUAAUGUACCAGAUGGAUUUAUUUUUUAACCAAAAAGAUGAAUUUAUCAGUGAUUUGUAAGUUUCAUCCGGUGAUUUCUUCGAAAAGAUGAGCCAAAGGAUUAGACUGCUGCUGAUACGUCACUUCAUAUGCUCGCCCUCGUCCUCCGUUCUGAGUGCAGCACCAGACUGUGCCUGCGCCAAAGGUGUGUGCCAUUUGUGUAACGAUGUACAGCAGAAAAGCGCAGAAGAAAAAAGAAAAAGCCUGGUUCAGAAAUUCAGUGGAUCAAUAACUUAUGUACUGCAGAAGAAUGACUUUUAUUGGAGAAAGCUUUAAAAGUUUUAUAUCCAGAUAAAAGACCACAAUAAAGCAAAAUAACCUAUACCCCAAUAGAAACGUUGCUAUCUUUAUACAAGUGCACUUUGAUUUGUAAAUAGUUUUAAUCAAAGCAUAACAAAACACUGCUUCAAGAUUUCCUUCUAAAUCUGCUAAGUUAAGGGGUCUGUUUUUAAUGUGUUUCUGUUGCUUCCUUUAUGUAUGCUGUGAUGAAAGAGACAUGCAAAGUGCCAGGCGCCGUGUGGUAUGGGCGAAAUCAUGGGGUUUUGGGGAGGAAGGGGGUUCCCUGUGAAAUAAACUCAUCAUGGACAUUGGCCAUA